AUGCCGAAACAGGAGACUGUCGCCCUAUGGCAAAUUGACUCCUCUUUGACAUCAAGUUCACACCGACAAGGUCUCACUGAAGAGCAACUCAAGGAUUUGCGGGACGUGUUGUCCCGUGGUGUGGGUUCUGGACAAACUACUGUGCGACAUGCCCAAGAAGUUGGGGCCAUCUUGGGGGACGAAGUCUUCAACCAGCCUGGGCAGACUGAAGCUCGGGCUCACAAUUCGGCAAUUCGGAAGGCAGAAGCCUUGCCGUGCGAAAUCCAAUGGCUGCAGAUCCCCUUAUGUACUGGGUACAAAGAGGAGGAUGAACCUAUCAUCACUAUGAAGGAAUGGCCGUUUAUACUCCCACAUCUUUUGGUUCAAUCCAUGGUCGAUGCUGGGUAUCUCAAGCUCUUGAUUGAUUUUGACAUAGCGGAAGACUAUUGGACCCAUAUGCUCAAAGAUUUCCCUGGGCACCCAGCAGGGGCAUCAGCUACUACAUCUAUUCCUUUGACACUGUAUGGUGAUGAGGGACAAGCUCUUGGGGACAGCUAUAUGUCUUUUCACUUCCAACCGGAUUUGUCACCUUGGCUAUCGAAUGCUGGAGUGAGUAGAUUUCUGAUCACCACCAUCCCGUCCAACAUGUAUGUCUUCAACCAAGAUGGUAUCAAUUUGACACUACAAUCAGCUGCUGCCAUCAUCGUGGAAAGCAUGAACAAACUGUCCACUAGUGGAGUUGAUGUUCGUGAUGUUCAAAGUGAUGAAGUACUGACCAUGCGGUGCUUUGUUAUGAGCUUCAAGGGUGACUGGAAGUAUCUAAUUCAACUGUUCAACAUGACCAAUACCCCCAGCAAAGAGCAGGUCUGUUGGAUGCGCAAGGCUUCGAAGGGAUCACGUGGAGACCUUGAAAACUGCUAUGUUAAUCUUGAUCCUCAAGCUUCAUGGCGUUCGACCAUUGGACAAGAUUCCCCUUGGCAACAUCAACCUGAAUACAGUAAGCUGAUUGGGUUUGACCCCUUGAUGAUUUCCAUAGACCCUAUGCAUUGUUGGCAUCUAGGCACUGGCCGAGAUGUUGUGGCUUCAGCCAUCAAGUACCUGGUUCUGAAACGUUUCUGGCCUGGCCGAAAUCAAGAACAUCAACUGGCAUGUUGUAGCAAAAGAUUGCUACGAUACGCGAAAGCCCACAGGCUACCUUUGCGAUUACGAAAACUUACCAAAUCAAAUUUGGGAUGGAGCACGGGAACAUGCCCAGAGCUUCAUUGCAAAGCCUUUGACACAUAUGUCGUUUUGCGAUUUCUGGUUUCAGAGGUUACCUCGAGAGACUGUGGUGACCCAGAUUUGGCAACUAUGCUUUGGGCAGCUGACUCAUUUCUGACACUUCUUCACAAAAGUGGACAUUUUCUGACCCCUGAGGAACAAGAGCAUCGAGUAGUCGUAGGUGAGCUGUUUUUGAAAGUUUACACGAAGUUAGCAGCAAAGGCUGUAGCCGAAAAAAAAAACUUUGGCGCACAAGGCCGAAGUUUCACAUGUUAUGGCACUUGGUGUUCCAGGAACGCCGUAGUAGAAGUAACCCGGUCAUGGGUUCCUGUUGGAUGGAUGAAGAUGCCAUAA